AUGAAUGAUCAUGAUCAAGACGAUGAUCUUAUUUCAAUGAUUAAAGUUUGUACUGAUGCAACAGCAAUUCAGAAUAUUCUUAUACCGUAUUUUAAACGAUCUUCCAAUGAGCUCUUAGCCAAAAUAAAUCAACAGGAUCCAUUAAAAACUCUUGAUCCUGAACUUUAUAGUAUUGGAUAUCUUUAUAUUUUGUUUGCUAGAGGACAAAUAUUGGGAUUUGAUUCAAUAUUGGAAGAUUGUGUUAAAUUUUUGUCUGUUUUUAAUGUAAAAAUGGUUUCUAUGUUUGCAUCUGUAAUAUUUAAGCAAUUUUUAGCAUGGAUUUGUGAUAGCGCAAAUACCACAAAUAGAUCUUUUCUAGCUAUAGAUAUUUUGUGUUCUACACUUAAAAGAUAUAAUGAUUUUGGACUCACGUUAACGCCAAUUCAUGCUAUUUUUGUCAAACAAUGUUUUGUUGCAAAAGCUUAUAAAGAAGCACAAUUUCUUCUGGAUCAAGAUAUGGAAAUUUUUGAUAAAAAUAACGGGAUUACUUAUCUUGAUCAUUUGCUUUAUCAUUUCUAUGGGGCUAUUUUAUACGUAAAAUUGAAAAUUUUCCAUAGGGCAUUGCAUUUUCUUAGAAUAGUUAUUUCUGCACCUACUCUUAAUACGUCGGCUAUUCAAGUUAAUGCAUAUAAGAAAUUCGUUAUACUAAGUCUUAUUGUAAAUGGAAAGAUAGAGCCAGUUCCUCAUAUUACUGAUAUUGUUUGUAUAAAAUCAUAUAAAGUUUUUGGAAAAGCAUAUGAUAUCUUUGCUGAAGCGUACGAACAUCAAGAUCAUGAUGAAAUAAAAAAUCUCUACUUUAAAUAUAGAGAUAUUUUCAUCAAGGAUAAAAAUAACGAACUUAUAAAAUAUGCGAUAAAAUUUCUUUCAUAUCAUGAAAUAUAUAGACUUAGAAAAAUUUAUACAUCUCUCUCUAUUGUUGAUAUUAACAGGAAAAUUGGCCCCUGGAAUGGUAUUUCUUUAGAAUCACAAGAUUCUUAUAAUUUAACGGAAGAAUUUGUUUUAAAAAUGAUUAAUGAAGGAAAACUCAAUGCUUUUAUCACUAAUUACGAGUCACAGAAAAUUGUCAAUUUUGUUGAUACAGUCGAUAACAGAAAAGUUCAAAGAGAAAUCUUGGAAGCAGAAUUAAAAAGUGUAUCAGCCAUGAUGGCUAAAUUAAUUGCCCUAAAUCAUUCAUAUGGUCUUAAUAAAAUGCAUUUGGCUUUCCAAUCCAAUAUCUCUGCUCAAAACACAUUUUAUGAUAAUGACACUAACUCUAUUGGAGAAUCAUCUACUUUUUCAAAACAUUCUUAA